CUAGUCGGGUAGAUAAAAAUUCUUCUAGUUGAACUCAAAUAUUGCACUACUCGCAGUUGACCUGGCUGCACAGCAUCUGAAAGUUUCGACCUUUGAUGGUCCGAAUACACGGCUUAAACUGUAACCUGCUAAACUGCGGCAUCUCUGGGGCCAUAGAAGUCAGCGAAUUGUAUCUGAGCCUCUCAGGUUUUGGUCUGGCUUUGUGAGGAGAAUGGAUUUCACUAAGAUGAGUAGGGGGGAACUGACCAUGGUUGGAUCUGGGAUGUGUACAAUGCUUACUAUGCAUUUGACACUUCAGCUCUUGUCCCAACACCUUUUUUACUGGAAGAACCCUAAGCAGCAGAAAGCUAUUAUAAUAAUCAUACUUAUGGCCCCAAUUUAUGCACUUAACUCAUUUGUUGGAUUGUUGGAUCAUAAGGGAAGCAAAGAAUUUUUCAUGUUCCUUGACUCAAUUAAGGAAUGCUAUGAGGCUCUUGCAAUUGCUAUGUUUUUGGCAUUAAUGUAUAGCUACUUGAACAUAUCCAUAAGCAAAAACAUAGUGCCAGAUGAGAUCAAAGGGAGGGAGAUACACCAUUCUUUCCCAAUGACUUUAUUUCAGCCUAGAACUACUCAUUUGGACCACAAUACAUUGAGGCUUCUAAAGUACUGGACAUGGCAGUUUGUUAUAAUCCGCCCUGUCAGUUCCAUCUUGAUGAUAACGUUACAGAUCCUUGGGUUCUACCCAAGUUGGCUGAGCUGGACGUUCACGAUAAUUCUCAACAUUUCCUUUUACGUCGCAAUGUAUUCGCUGCUUGCUUUCUAUCAUCUAUUCUCAAAGGACCUUCAACCACACAAACCUCUUUCCAAGUUCCUCUGCAUCACGGGCAUAGUUUUCUUCUCCUUUUGGCAGGGGAUCUUGCUUGACAUUCUGGUUGCAAUGGACAUUAUAAAAUCACAGCACUUCUGGCUGGACGUUGAGCAUAUUCAGGAAGCCAUUCAAAAUGUCUUAAUUUGUGCCGAGAUGGUUUUCUUUUCCCUUAUGCAGCAAUAUGCAUUCCAUGUUGCCCCCUACAGCGGUGAUGUGGAAGCAAGAUUGAAACUAAAAAAGCGUGAAUAGUAUGUUCCUAGCUAUCAUUGUAUCUCUUCAUUAUAGUAUAGAGAUGUGUAUAGGGUAGGUAACCAGUUAUAAUUGUGAAUUCGCUCAGGUGCCGGAUAUAGGGUAUGCCCUUGGGCUUUAACAUACUAGGAGUGCUCUUACAGUCUUACUGUUAUACUCCGUAUGUUACUAGUACCAUUUUUAAUACGAAGUAUAUACAAGGGGCAUUUGAGUAAUUCAUAUGGUUGCCGGGUUUUGUUGUGCAUUCAUUGGUGUAACCAGUUUAUCGUGUAUAGAUAUAUUUUGAAUGUUUUGUAGAAAAAGACAGAAUAGUAUAUGGACGAGACAGGAAAUUAAUGAUAAUAAUAAUCAACUCGAGAUUACAC